AUGCCUGAAAAAUUGCCUAGCCCGCUCCAAGCCCCUCAACCUCGGUUACCGAACGCGGCAGACGAGGAUUCACCCACUGAGAAAGAAAGCGACGAAAAGAGACAAGCGACCGAGGAUUUGGUAUUGCCCAGCAGCCAAUCAUCUCAGGCGAGUGUGGCAUCUGCCGAACACGCUGUGCCAAAGGAGGAAGCCGAGCCAGGCUUAGCCAGCAGGGUGCUAAGCCGCAUCGCAUCAAGGACAAGCGCCACGCCUGGUCCCGCUCCUGAUGGGGGUUUUAGGGCAUGGAUGUGCGUACUCGGCACGCACUUGGUAGUUAUGAACACUUGGGGAGUGAUUAAUUCUUUCGGAGUUUUUCAAAGCUACUACGUGCAAGCUCUUCAACGACCACCGUCCGACAUAGCGUGGAUUGGCUCUAUAGAAGUAUUUCUCCUCUUCUUCAUUGGCACCCUUACUGGCCGCCUCACCGACGCCGGAUUCUUCCUCCCUAUCUCCAUACUUGGAUCCAUACUUGUUGUUGCUGGAACCCUGGUGACUUCGGUAUGCACACAAUAUUGGCAGGUAUUCCUCGCCCAAGGUGUAUGCGUCGGUCUGGGCAACGGCUGUCUCUUCUGUCCUGCUAUUGCCAUCAUCUCGACCUACUUCCAGAAGUAUAGAUCUAUCGCAAUAGGACUGACAGCAUGCGGGAGUGUAACGGGAGGCCUAAUCUUCCCGGGCAUUGUACGAGGGCUACUUCCGCGUGUGGGAUUUGGCUGGACGCUUCGAGUUAUUGGCUUAAUGCAGGCAGGCUGUUUCGUCAUCUCCCUGCUGUCCCUAAAACCUAGAAUUCCACCGCGAAAGAGUGGGCGACUGGUUGAGUGGUCUGCGUUCAAGGAGUUGGAGUAUACAUAUUACACCCUGGGCGCAUUCAUGUGCUUUUGGGGCGUAUACUUCGCCUUCUUUUUUAUCGCCGCGUAUGCUCGCGAUAUCCAGGGCAUGGCUUACUCCAAGUCCCUUGACGUUAUCAUGGUUAUGAGUGGAGUCGGUAUUAUCGGCCGCCUCGUACCCAACUACUUUGGCGAUCGGAUAGGUGCGCUGACCGUCUUUGUACCUACGGCCGGGCUCGGAGCUUUGAUGGUAUGGUGCUGGAUAGCUGUGAAUUCCCAAGCUGGUCUCUAUGUUUGGGCUGCUGUUAGUGGCCCUGCCUUGGGGGGCAUUCAGGCCAUGUUCCCUUCAGCGUUGGCUUCUUUGACAACAGACCCAAGCAAGCAAGGUACAAGAAUCGGCAUGGUCUUUACCAUCGUCAGCUUUGCAGUCUUGACUGGCACCCCUAUCGCAGGGACGCUUAUUUCCGCGAUGAACGGUAGAUAUAUUGGUGCGCAAGCCUUUGCCGGGGCCUGUUUGACACUCGGGACUGUAUUUCUAGCGGUUGCGAGAGAGGUUAAAAGGAGGAAGCAGGGGAACACACCACAGGCUAAGGUGUGA